CAAGAGAUAGUACAACACACUUUGAGAUGAAAUUCGUGGCUAUUCUUCUGCUGAGCAUACUCACUUUUGCCAUGGUCUUGGCGUUUCCUGAUAACCACGCUGCAGAUGUUGGUUUGCCAGAUGCUGAGCAGCAUGUUGUUUCACUGGCCAAUCCGGCAGAUACGGGAUCCGCAGAUCCAUCAUCAUCGGCAGACGAGAUCACUAACAGCAUACGCCGGCCUCGUUAUCUCCUGAGCAAACUGUUCCAGCCGAAGACCGUGGUGGUGCAGCCUGUGAUUGUGCAGCCGGUGGUGCCCGGAGCAUAUCCCGGAUAUAUGCAACCCAACCCGUACUACAACCAGGGCCGACGCAUCUGGUAGACCGCAUUUUAAAGAUGUACUCGUAGUAAAUUUAAUAAAACAAAAGACGCCUGGCCCUAAAGUCAAAGAUUAA